UGUGGGAUAUGGCUUGGAAACUAAAAGUGAACCUGACCGUGAAACUGGCCAAAUAAUUACGAGCAGAAAAGUGCAUCAAGAACGAGGAGAAGAAGAACACCAGCAGAGGGCUUAAGUUCUUCAAUGGCUGGCGCGUCUCAUCUGAUUACUACUCCUCCCCGAGGAGGCUUCAGCUUUCUCACUUUUUCUUCUCAACCUCACAGUCUCCCGCAUUUUCACAUCCCCAAUUCUUGCGCUUUCUUCAACACCAGCUCUGUGACACCGCUCAGCAGCAAAUCAAGAAUCGACUUUUAUGGCCCCAGAAGAGUUGGGAAGACCACUAAGGUUCGAGCCAUGGCGGCUUCUUUCGGGUCCCGAUUAGAGGAGACUGUGAAAACGACUAUCACCGAAAACCCAGUUGUGGUUUACUCCAAAACCUGGUGCUCGUACUCUUCUGAGGUGAAGACUUUGUUGAAGAAGCUUGGUUGCGAACCACUUGUUAUUGAACUGGACCAAUUGGGACCUCAAGGACCACAACUGCAGAAGGUGCUAGAAAGGCUUACUGGACAACAUACUGUUCCUAAUGUAUUCAUUGGCGGCGAACAUAUUGGUGGUUGCACAGAUACUGUUAAGCUACACCGGAGAGGAGAACUUGAAUCCUUGUUAUCAGAAGCUAGCGCCAAGAAGACAGAAAUCUAGUUUCUAUAAUCACCUUCCUGACUCCCUCUGACUUGACGAGAAAACAUGCCAUGUAUCUUCUUGAAUUUCAUAGCUCUGAGUGUAAAACAUAUUCUUGUCUCUGUCGACAGAAACAGAAGUUCAGUUUGAAUAAAAAAGAUCAGUUAUUGGGUAAACA